AGCAUCAAAAAACGAAGCGUCGCUGUUUAACUAGUUAAAUUAGCUAAAUGUGACAAUUGGCGGAGACAGAAUGUCAAGUGAUAUAGGCAACCAACUGAAGGGCAACCGGUCCGAUGUGGAGAAGGUCUACAAACUGGUGGAAGUCAAGUUCCGGGAGUUGUCCGGAGGAUCUCUUCCCCUAAGAUACGAGGUGAAUGUGCUGCGCCAUAUUUGCUUGGCCCUGCAGGCCAAUCUUCACCAGAAUGCGGAUCUCUUCGUGGAUAUAAUGGCUAUAAUGCUGCCACGCGUGGUUCCCAACGAGGAGAAGCCCAGUUUGUGGGAGGCGCACUUGAGCAGUCUGCGAUACAUACAUCAUGGGCUGUGCCAGGAGCGAUCCAUAGACGCCUGCCAGAAGCUGUACAAUCUCAUCCGAUCCCAACCCUGCCGCCUGCAAGAGGAUGCGGACUACAAAAUCUAUCUGGACAUUCAUUUGACGCACUUUAACGGCCUGCAUUUGCAGCUGCAAAAGCAAAAACUUCCCUUGGAGGCCACACAUCAGCUCUGCUAUGCCCUGGAAUCCCUGGGAGAGCUAUUCGAGGUCAUGAGCCAAAGGAAAAUGACCCAAUGUGGACCACUAUUAGUUCAACUAAAUGAGAAAAUGUUUGGCAAACGAAGCAGGACAUUCUUCAAGUCCCUGAGUUUCCUGCCCUUGGAGAGCCAAGCCAAGAUGUUUAACCCUCUGCUGAAGCUACUGGCCGGCAGCUCUACUUCGGAUUUAGCCAACCUAUUUCCCGAGUAUCUGAGCUUCACCUUGGCCCUUGUGCAAAUCGACAUGUUAUGUCCGGAGCCCCACCAGCAACUAGCGCUGCAGCUGUUGCGCAUGUGCAAGGAGCUGUUCCGGCAGGAAUCCAACCUAUGCUACGCUCUGCAGCUGCUAUACUACUACAUCAAGUUGAUUUACCUCCGGGAAUCUAUGGCUGACUUUAAACGCACCUAUAUUGACCUGUCACGCAAAUUUCAAAGCUUCUUCGAGCACAAAGGCGCUGCUCACGCGAAGGAGCAGUGGCUUACGGACUUGCUGGUGGCCAUUCAAUUGCUGCAGACGCUAAUCCAUCAAAGAGGCAGCAAAUCCCAGUCGCCCUUUGAGUUCUUUUGGCAGCAGUUCGACGGUGAGGGCAGUCCGGAGAUCUAUACAGCGCACUUUCAGUUGCUUCAGAGCUGCGGUGGAUCGGCGGUUAAUAUUGCGAGAAGUCCGUUGGGCUGCAGUUGCUCUCAUGAGGCCUGCAAAAGCGUGAGGAGGCACUGCAUUUUGGCCUAUGGGUUAUGCGCAUUGGAUGCCUACAUUAACUGGCAACCGACGCAGGAGCAGAAAGUAGACAUGGGACCCCACAAACCGCUGCGGGAAAUAGUGAAAUACUCAAUGGAUGUGGCCAAGACCAUGAAGUGCCUGGGCCCCACCAGCGUGGAGCUCAUCAAGUUGGUGCGCCAGCUUACUUAUGUGGCCGAUCAGGUGUCCUGUCCAGAGCAGAUGAACCUGUUGAUUCCCCUCGUGGAACCACUGCAGAAGCUAAGGCCUCUGAUUGCGGAUCAGGAGAUGAGUGUAAUGCUGCGACGUCUCUUCAAGGCCAGCUGCCAUUGCAAGGAUCCCAAUAUGGCAGGCCGCUUGCAGGCUAGUUAUUUGGCCUCACUCACGAAUCCAGCCCGUUUGAGAUCCCAGAUAUGUACGUACUACCACAAUCGGGGAAAGGAGGAGAAGGAGAUCAGUCGCUGCGUCUACGAGUGGCACGAGUCCUGCCCACUGCCUAAUUCGCUUACGCCUGCUCAGAAGAAACAGCUCUAUGAUAUCGAUUUCUUUGCUGUGCUGCAUUAUUUAAGAAGUCCACCUCAGGCACUUAUGCAAUCGCUUAUCCGCUGUCGAAUGAGUGAUUACCAUCUUGUACUCAUGGCCAGGCAAAUGCGAACCGAUGCCUCUACUCUGGAGGAGUGCAAGAAGGUUCGCUCGAAGCUAAAGCAACAGGGUUCCCUCAGCCGAAUGGAGCACUUGUGCCUGGGCCACAUAAGUGUUGGAUUACUCCUAGAGGCACUGGAGGAUCAGAAGACAAAGGUUUCGACCAAAGAGGUAACCGAGACCUUGUUCGAAGAGCUUUUGCUCAGGCCGAACUUGUCGCAGAUGAACCUACAUCGAGAGCAGCGCUUAGUCCAGUUUGCUGGUGAAGCUGUCUCGGCCUUUAGCUACUUUUUCUACCAAGCCGAUUGGGAGCCUUUGGGCGUAGAGGAAACUUCAAUUGACUGGGAGGCUUUGAUUGACGAUGCUGUAACUUGCGCCAUGGCUCUUUCGAGUAUGGGCUAUCAAUCGCCAGAGGAUGAUGCCUGGUUGCUGCUCCUGCGGAUGGGCCACUGGCUGGAAGAUCGAUUCACAUAUCUUCGAGCGCUGAACCAUUUCCUUGCCCAGAAUGAUGUUAAUUCUAGACUGAAGCUGCAGCUGUCCGAGGAGGUGGAAAGGGCAGAGGAAUUUCUGGAUGAUUUGUGGCCACAAUUGCAAAGCGGAAGAUUCUUUAAGCGACAGCAUACCACAGUAUUGCUCUGUUUUUGUCACCUGGCUAGCUACUAUGCCCGAAUGGGUUGCAUGAGCACUGCCCAGCUGCUUUUACUUCAAGUGGAACAGCUUCGCGGAGAGUUUCCUGAACGAUUGGGCAAGAGUGAUAUUGUAUUGAUCACCCUGCAAACAGUUCGUUUUCGACUUGGCUAUCAGCAAAGGAAGCCAAAGACACCCAUGAUGAUUACGCCCCUGCGACAAUUGGACACUCUUUUGGACAAUGUGCGGAACUUUUGCAAUCUUUCCAGUUUAGAUGGUGGCUCGUUGCAGCUGCUUCUAUCGACCCUCGUCAGAGAAAGCACCGAAUGCUCGGCAAACAGACUAAGCGAACGACUGGCCUUCUCCAACAUUGCACUCCAUUUGGCCCUCCAAUCUGGUUUGGCUCUAAGAACCAUCGAGGUAUUCCUGGCCUGGUUGUGGACCAAUCUACAAAUGGAAAACUUCGACAAGGCGCAGUCAAAGUUGCGACUCAUCGAGCACUGUUUGGACAUCAGGCGCCUGACUCCAAAGGAAGCUUCCCUAGAAAAGGAAGCGAUCAAAGAGCCGGCUAUGAUUGACCUAACAAGCAAUAUGCAACUCCUUCAGUUGGUGGAGCCCAUCAGGAAGCAGCAGACUUUGGGUGUGAACUCGCCAAAUCUGGUCAACAUGCGACUGAAUAGUCCAAACCCCCAACUGAACUUGGAUCGAUAUCUAAACUUAGAUGUGGCGCCUUCUACUAUUCGCGAAAACUCUCAGCUUCAGUGCCUAUACUUUAUAAUGGGUUGUCUGCAUGCACGUCUUCGUUUUCUUCAGAGGAAUACUGAUCAGUUAGAUGAGUUUUACGAAAAAACGGAUAACUGGCUGCUGGAAAAACCUCAGAUGAGUGCUUCUUUGGGAUCGAUGUUGCAGGUGCAGCAGCUCUAUCAUCUAAACUUUCUGCGCUUUAGACGAAAGCAUGUGGAGGCUAUAUCAACGGCUCAGUUGGGUCUUAAAAUGCGACUGCAAGCGGUCGAUAUAAACUUCACGUACAACUUCAUGGCUCAGCUGAAGACAGCUCAUCUGGAGCUCAAACCGGUGGUACAGGAGAAACCAAAAGGCAAAACACUGCGACGGGCAUUGGUUUUCAGUCAAUCACCUGAAGAUAAGAGCCGAGCAGCAGCGGGAUUAGCCUCAGCAGUAAAGGAUAAGGCCUCCAAGGCCAAACAGUCAGCCAAAAAGGCGCCCAGAUUCCGAAUUUAUGAGGAGUUGGAGCUACGACCACCAAGUGCUGCCAGUUGCAGUAGCGGAGGAAGCGGAUCGGAGAACACUCCGCCCUCGAAUCAGGUGGAUCUCAAUGCCUGUCAACCGAUCGAGAUAAGCGACGAUGAUGAGUUACUUUCCCUUCCCCUGAAAAAGUCCCAAUCGAAAACAGCGGCUAAAUCAAAGGCAAAACCCACGGCAAAGGUCUGUGAAGUCAUAUCAUUGGAUACUAGCUUGGAAGCUGCACCCAAGCCAUCAGUGACGAUGAGUGCGAGGAGCACCAGAGCUAGGAUACGCCAACCUGCGGAGACACCAAAGACGGCGACCCUUUCAUCCAGGCGACCCAGACGACAGGUGUCGGAACCACAGGCUCCAGAAACGGAGUCCAUUGGCACACGCACACGGCACAGGCACUGAUUAGACAAACAUUCUCUUUAUUAGUUGUAUUUCUUAUACUUAUUUAAAAGUCUUUCUAUUCAAAUAUAUUGUUUGUAAGUGUUAAAAGAACGCUGAUGAGGUAAA